AUGUUGAACACAGAGACAAUGUAUUUUUUUGUUUACUCGGAUGAUAUUGGAAAAUCCAACCAAGUGCAAGGAUCAGAUUUUUUCUACAAUGUUUUCCCACAUCCUGAUUACUCUAAUGGAAUCUGUCUUGAUGGAUCGACCAUGUCCGUCUCUAUCUCUGAUAAUAACACGAUGACAACUUCUGCUACAUCUACGGAACUGCAAGAUACAAACUCCGUGAGUACCCCCAUUAUCAAGGCUGGCAUCCCUGCAAUACCUAAAAGACCGACGAUAAUUAGAGUGGACAAAGAAAAUGUUCAAGAAAACACUGAUGAAUCAAAAUCCAAGGAAGUGCCCAAAGUUCCUCCCAGACCUCCACCCCCAAGGCCAGGUCCUCCUGCUACUCUUGCAAAGCAAGCUGUGGCACAGAAGUCAUUUGAAGGUGACAAAAAGAAAAAAAAACCUGAGAUUACAAUAGUGAGUGCCCGUCCUAUGAGUGAAAUAUGCUUCCGUGAUAAGAAACCAGAGAUUCCAGUGCCGCCCCGUCCUCAAAAGUUGAAAGACCAGGGUGAGGCUUCAUCUACCCUAAGCAUCAACUCCACUAGUGUUGCACUUUCUACAAACUCUUCAAAACAAAUACGUCACUCUACAACAGAUGUUCGCAGCAAAUCAGACACUUUACCUCCACGACCUCAUCUGCCUCCAGCAACAGUUACAAGAAAAGAUCUAACCAAAGUACCCCCACAACGUCCCGCACCACUAAAGUCAACAUUGUCUGCAUCCACAGAAUCUUUCCCUCCUCCCAGACCACCUGCAUGUUCUCAGUUAGAAAAUUCCCAACCUCAUCCUAACCUGAGAGAUAUAUCACCUCAUUUGGCAAAAGAACAAUUGAUACAGUUAAAUUCAACUGGCAAAUCUCUGAUUCCACCAAAACCACGACCUCGCACUUUCAUUGACAGUUCCUCAAAGACCCCCAAACCAGUCAUAGUUCAGCGCUCGGUCUCUGCCUACAAGCAUACAAAAAAUGGGAUUCCCCCACAGCCACUGCCUCGAAAACUUGGAACUUCCUUCACUGUAGAGUCUGAUGCUUCAAAAGCUUGCACAGUAGACGAACCUAUUGCUGAAGUUACUCCUCCUCCUAAACCAACCCGACAUCAAAGCUUUCGAAACACCACUUCACCAAUCCACCUCAGUACUCGUACUUGCUCUUCUCCUCCAUCACAGUCUCAAGAAACUUCUUCCAAAUCUAUCUCGGCUUUAUCCUCAGCUAAAGCUUCCACCACUGAGGAAGAAGUUUUAGAUACAGUUCCACCUUCCACUGAGGAAGCCACGCCUACUAACCAAACAGAUCCCUCAUCAUCAGAAAGCACAGAAGCACCUGAGUCUUUCAAAGUAGAAAAAAGAUCUUCCAGCACAGAGAAAACUGCACCAUGCCCUCUUCCUCCUAAGAAGAAUUCUCUAGUAAUUUCGCAAUCUUCCAUCAAAAGCUCUUCUGAGGAAGAUGCUCCAGUUCCUUCUCCCCGAAUAAAACACUCAUCAAAGGCAGAUACAUCAGUAUUGACACCUAUUAAUAAUUAUCCAGGACCCAUUGUUUGUGACACACCUGCAUCAACACUAGUUAAUUCAGAUGCAGCCCCCGUUGUGAGUGACACACCAGCAUCAACACCAAUUAAUCCAGAUGCAGCCACCAUUGUGAGUGAAACUCCAGCAUCAACACCAAUUAAUCCAGAUCCAACCCCCAUUGCAAGUGAUACUCCAGCAUCAACACCAGUUAAUCCAGAUCCAGCUCUCAUUGUGAGUGAGGAACCAAAAGAUUUUAUACUGCCAUCAGCAACAGAAAUUGUUGUCCCUCCUACAGCAACUGUAAACAAACCAACAAUAAUCAGAGCCAAUUCUGCUGAGAAGCAACCUAACUUAUCAGUGUCUUCUGAAAAACUUCCCUUGGAGGAGAAAACUGCAAACAUCCAUCCUAAGGAUCCAGAAGUCAGAAGAAGUAAAGUUCCUCCUCCAAUUCCCAAAAAGAAUCCAAUUUCUGCUAAUAUCUGUGAUAGAAAUAUUCCAAAUGAUCUGAAAAAGCCUUCAACUGUAAAAUCUCGUAAGGCUACAGACAUGUUGCAGACCACGAAGGAUUACACAAGACGUAUUACGCAAUCACUUGGAUUCACUGCAGCUGAGGAACCAACCACUGUGUGGUAUACAGACAAGUCGGAUGAGCCAGAAGAAAAAGUAAGUUCUUUAGAUAAGAAAAAAGAGAAUCCGUCCAUAUGGUAUGUAGAUGCAGUUCCUGAAGAAGAAACUGAUGCUAAUAAAACUACUUUUCCCCAAAAAUCUGCUUUGCAAACAGACAAAUCUAAGAAACCUGAAAAACAAUCAUUUACUAAAGAUAAGGUGCAAAAGCUGAAAGACAUAGACAAAAAAUCAAGCCAACCAGCAGAAGAACCUAGCCCAACAGAAAUCAGUGCUUUUCAGAAGUACCACAGUUACAUGAGACGAACGAUUGAAGAAGCUGUUGGUAUCCAGUUAAGGAAAAAUUCUUCUUCAUUGAUAGAUGAUGACAUAAAUGAAGAAAAGGAAGGGCCGGCAUCUGAUAUAAUAAAACCUGUAAAACCAGAGCCACCCAAGCAAAAACCACCCAUCCCACCAAAAGUUGAAUCUCGCCCCCACAAACCCAGUGCCCCACCUCAAGUGAAACCAAAUGUACCUGCUGUACCUCCGAAAAGACCACCUGUUCCAGCAUCAAUAACCCAGGUUUUGACUAAACCUGAUGGUCCUGCUGUACGUCCUCCACCCCCAAGGCCUAAACCAGUUGUCUCCGUAAAGCCAACUGUUUCAGACAAUCAGAACAUAAUUAGUGACUCUGAUUCCAAUUUGAAAAGUGUAAACAAAUCUAGAGAGCGAACACCAAGUAUUGAAAAUCUGAUUGGAAAAUUUGAAGAAGAGUUGUGUAAGAAAACCUUGCCACCACCAAGGCCAGCUCAACCUGCCAAUAAACUCAAAAUAGUGACAAGUAACUUGACAGACAAUCAAGAGCAACAACUGUCCUCUCAAAAUAAGGAAACAGCUGAAGAUGCCGAUACAAAGAUGGAGAUAACAAGUAUGCCAUCAAAUAUUGGCGAUGACAGCAGCAUUCAACCAGAUGAAAAUGAAAAUCUGUCAAUCAAUGCUGCUGAGGUUAGUGAAAAUACCGGAGGAACAGAGGAAAGUCUGACAUCCAAUCUGACUGCCAACAGUUCAGUUGAUGAGAAUGCCAAUGAAGAAGCAGAAGAUGAACAGGGAAAGAUUAAAGAAACAAAAACUGUUACAAAUGUUAAUGAAGAAUUAGCAACUGAAGAGACGACUGUAACUGAGACUAAAUCAAGUUUGAACCACAAGGUGGGAUACACUGACAGUUUCAACCAGCGCUGCAAUAGUCUCAUGAAUGACCUGAAAACUCAUUUCGAAAAUCUGGACAAAGAUGACAUUGAUGAUAAAAUCAAGGAAGUGGUUCAGCCUAGUGGUGAAUCAUUACACCAACUUGAUGUAAACCCUGAAAAGAUGCAAGACUCCAAUUCAAAUGAAGAAACUGAAGAGAAAGAAUUGGAUGAAAAAGUUGAACCUGAAAGUUCUGAAGAGAAAUCUUCUGAUCAUCUUUCCCUUGAGCCUGAUUCAACAGAAAUGUCAGAGAAAAUCUCUCAAGAUGACUCUACAAGUCAACUUGAGUCCAAAGUAGAGAGUGAUACAAAUUUAUGUGCACCUUCUCUGGAAAUAUCGACACUUGUCAUAGAGCUGGAUUCUAAAGAUUCUGGUCAUAAGGAAUCUCCCAAGUCCUCAAGUACCUCUGAAUUAACUGGACCUAGAGCCAUUGUUAAUUUUGAUUUCGAUGCUCAGGAAGAAGAUGAAAUAACAUUGAAGAAAGAUGACAUGGUGCAGCUGCUAUCAUGGGUUGAUACCAGUUGGCUGUACGGCAUUUGCCAUGGCAAAACUGGAAUCUUCCCUUUGGCAUUUGUUCACAUCAUAGAACCUUUGCCUCAGACUCCAUCUGACACCAAUGGUAACACAGUAAUCACUGAUGUCAGUCAGAAAGCAGAAAUGGAGGAUGAUGCUACUAAAGUGACAAAUGUUGAUUCUCAAGGAAACUCCACCCAGGUAAUGGAUGAUGCCUAUCAGAGUCUGUCUGAAGUCAGAACAGGUUCUGCCCCAGAGUCCAUAAUAGAAACUGAAGCUGUUAAAAUUUCGGCAAAAGAUGUUUCUGAAGGAGCAGCUAAAGAUGAUGCUGAAGAGGAUGAAUUAACUGAUUCUGAUCAGCUUGAUAAGAUCAGCAUUCCUGUGGGUGGUGAAGAAACAAUUGCUUAUGCUCUCUAUGAUUUUGUUGGUGAAGACGGAGAAUUAAGUUUUAAGGAAGGAGAUGCAAUUACAAUUUUGAAAUGGGUCAAUGAGGACUGGCUCCUUGGUAAAAAAGAUGAACUGGUUGGUAAUUUGCCAGCAAAUUUUGUUAAUUUUAUGGGAGACAGUACUGAUGAAUUGGACCUUGUUUAUACAGAGGGUCCCCCAGAACCAAAAGAACCACCACCUCCUCUACAACCAGAUGUGAAAACUGACCAGCUACUGACUUAUGUCGCCGCUCAGCUAGAACACGUCAAACGCUUGAAGGGCUUUGCUUGUGCCCGCUUCGACUUUGAGGCCAGAGACGAUGAUGAGUUGAGCUUUAAAGAUGGAGACCGGAUUGAAAUUCUAGAAUUUGUGAACAAUGACUGGAUCAGAGGAUCCCUCCAUAAAAAGGAAGGAAUCUUUCCAGCAGCUUUUGUGUCUGUUGAAGAAUUUUCACCUGAUGAAGAAAAUUGCACCUCUGAAACCACCAAGGUCCGGGCUCUACAUGACUUCAUUGCAUCCGCUGAUGAUGAACUCUCAUUUAAGAGUGGAGCCAUAAUUACCUGUCAUGGUGAUGUGCCUAACCUUCCAGGAUGGAGUAGAGGUUCCUUUGAGGGCAGAACUGGAAUGUUCCCUGCAGAAUUUGUGAUUCGGGAAGGCAUUUAG